CAUUUGUUUUGAUACUGACCGGGAGGGGAGGGUGGAUACCAAUGAUUUUAAUGUCACGUGGUCGUUUUAAGGACGGUUUGUUUGGGCGCCAAGAUAUGAAAAGUAUAUACUGCGUUUAGAUUGAAACCACAAACUUUUAUCUUACAGUUUACUUCCAGCCUAUUCGUGCCUUUUGAUAGGAAUAUCACUUUUUUUCAUUUAAAUCGACGAGAAACACCAAGAAAUCAUACAGUUAUUUCAAAAAAUCUUUUAUCUCAGCAAAUAUGGCGGCCGUCUCUUCACCGUUUCGAACACCAGACUUAAUCUCUCCCAAUGCGAGACGACGUCGUGCAAUUGCCCUAAAAAGCACUAACACUCCGCCAACACACUUAAGAGAAAACGACGAUGCUGCAGAAAGAAGGCAGAGGCGUUUAUCUAAGGCGACAUCUGCCACCCUUCAAAGUCCCGCAACUCCGAGAAGUGCAACUCGUCUUGACAGCGAAAGGUACUAAAUAUCCUAAGUUUAUUUGAUCAUUUUCCUCGGUGAAUGUAUAGAGAGUUUUGAAACAAUUUUUAAGCUUUAAUUCCACUUCGAUAAGUGAAUGGUUAUGUUUUUUAAAUACCAUGAUAAAAUAGUACAUGUACGUACGCUCGAGUCAUGUAUGUAAUUUGUAAGUUUGUGGCAGCUUACCGUGGUACGUUCACUAAUUAAGAUCACUAAUCGAACUACGCAAUUCUGUGAACUACAUCCUCUCUCUACAUCGCUUUUAACGUCUAGAACAUAUCUCUAAAUGACUUGGAUAUUUUCCUACAUGAUAUGCUUAGUUUUAUAUUAAUCAAUAUCAGUAUGUUACUCAAACAAUUCCUUUAAUUUCCUUCCAAAUUAAAGUUACUUUCCUCCUCCCCUUCCACCUGAUGAUUGCACCUAAAAACUGUGGUUUCUUUUCAGGGGCCAGACUACAGGCAGCAAUGGAUUAACUAAUGUUCAGUUGAAAGACUUGUAUUCAAACUGCAUAAAGUUGUCUACUGAGAAUGUAAGUGUGCCUCAACUUCACAAAUAUUUAAGGCGUAACAGUCUUCAUUUAUACAUUACAAUUAUUUAACUUGAAACAUAAAAUGUACAAUAUGUAUUAACCCUUUAAACCCCUAAGAGUGACUAGUGUUUAAUUUCUCCUUACAAUAUCACCCCUGAAUUACACUUUUAGGUUAGGAGAAUAAAGGUAAUGAUCACCAACAUAUUAUCCAUCCCAGCAACUUAGUAAGUGUAUAGAGAACAGAAUGGAGAACAUGCAUAGUGAUGUUAAGGUGUUAAGGAUCAAGUUGAGGUGUAAGUCAUUCUUCUCUAGCAAUCCUCUCAAGGGUGUUAUUAGGCAAAAUUUUAUAGCAGAUAUUUCAGUCACAAGUCAUCUGGAUCCUGAUUAAAAGGAUAGAACUUUAAACAGUCUUGUCGUGUUACAAAGUCAAUCAUUAUGGUCUUCAUGUAUUUUACUCAAUGUGCAUAACACUGAUUCUUUUUAGAAAAUAAAUGCCAAAAAUGCCUUUGGUCUGCAUUUAAUUGAUUACAUGCAAGACUUGAUAAAAACAGUCAAAGAGGGAGACAUGACUAACUUUCAGGUAAUAACAAUGUCAGUUAUUUGAAAAUAUACAGUAGAACCCACAAACUUGAACUCUCAAUGGAAACAAAAAGUGGUUCAAGUUAUUGGGAUAUACAUUGAAUUCCAUUUGUCAUGUAAAUAAUUAAUAACAAAUCCUGUUUUUACCAUCCUUGCACAAUCAACAGUCAUUUUGUUACAUUAAGUUUGUUUUGUAAUUACUUUUUUAAAGAGAAAGUUUAGCUAAUUGUUUUAUGUUUUCAUAAAUGUUGUGUUUGUAUCAAUUGCAAUUACAGAUUGGAAGGUGUCUAUUAGCUAUUUUCUGACAUUUAUUAACCAAUGUUUUUAGUUAAAGUUCAAGUUACUGGGGUAAAUUUUGGCCAAGGGAAAGUUGCAUUAGUUCGAAUUGGCAGGGAGGUCAAGUUAACCAAGUUUGAGUUGGAGGUUCUACUGAUUUACUAGUUUCUAUCUUUGGAUAUAUCACAGACACAGGCCCAUGCUUCUACAUUGCAUGCGCUGGGAAAAUUGUUUUGAUAGAAUUAUUAUUGCUGGUAAAGAAGCCUUAGAGGAGACAAAAAAUUAAUAUGUGAUUUCGUUACUGAAAGGUUGCAAGCUGUACAUUAGAUGCAAGUGCCAAAAUCUAUGCUGGUCGUGUUGAUUCCAUACAUGCACAAGCUUAUAAAAUGCUAGGAGGUUUAGGAAGAGCUGAAAACCAAGGUAAGUUUGUGUUUGAAGAUAAGUUUGUAUUAUUGUUGUUUCAUUUGUUAGCAAAGGGUGCAUAAUCAAAGUAAGAAUUUUCCUCUUGAAGUAACUGGAGGCCGUGGUUCCAAAUAUAAUUGCCUGAAUUUUUAUGGCUCUAGGACUGUUCUCCCUUAUUUUGUUGAACUUUGAAGAAUUCUGAGCUAUUAUUGGUGGCAAUAUAAGGUACUACUAGUACUAAAUUUUACAGGUUAUUGCCUUAAAAGGAGAACACUGCUGGGAUGGCUGUAUGGUACUUAUUAUUACUUGGUUUUUUAAAAAAAAAAUACCCUUGGAACAGAAAAUCUGAGUAAAACAAGUAGUAUGCACUGUCAGUAUUGUUAUGUCUUUUUAGACCAAAGGGCAUAGGCUUGAUAACUAGCAGCAGUUCAGGAAGUUAGCCUGCACCUCACUCCCUUUCAGGAGAAUACAAGCCCUUCUUCAAAAAAUGGUGGAAGGCAUUAGCCCACUAAAGAAAUGAACAGGGUUGAGAUGGCAAAUUCUGUGUGUUCCUAAGACCCCUAAGAGUGACGAACAUCUGAUUUCUCCAUAUGAUAUCACUCCUGAAUCAAAUAUGAAGGUCAUGAGAACAAAGGGAAUGAUCACCAACUAAAGAACCCCUGGAAUGGUGAAAAACAAAUUGUCCUUGUCAGCAACUUAGUAAAUGUAUAGAGAACAAUACAGAGAAUUCCUUAUUGCAGAUGUUAGGGUGGAAAGGGCUGACAUUUUCACUAUUUCUGAAAUUUCUGUAUCCCUGCCCAUCAGUUGUGGAAUUUUGAAGUCAAUUAUAAUAUUUGGAGCAAAAAGAUGAAAUAUUUGAGAGGUAUCAUAUACUAUUGUGUUGUAGAUGGUGAUGAGAAUGAUGGUGAAGGUACUGGUGAGGAACUCCAAGGGUCCCAGAAGCCAAAAAAGGUAUUAUUUUGUUACAAGUAUUAAAGGCAAUUCCUUCAUGUUAUGUUAUUUCAUAUAAUUAAGGACUUGUACCAAGUUCAUAGGCAGAGGUUUUCAUAAAUUCAAAAGUGAACUUAAGAAAUGUUCAUUUUUAUAAAUUUCAAGAGUUUUGAGUUAUGAAUUUUAAGUUGGUGUUUUAAGAUAAAAUGUAAAGUUUUUGUUGAAUUAAUGGGUUGUCAUCAUGAAAGACCUGUCUUUACACAAUUAUCUGUAUACUAUAGAAAUAAAAUAUCUCCUAUGCAAGUAAAUUCUGCUCACAAACAGCUUAAUUUGCAUUAUGGAACCUUCAACCACAAAGAGGGUACAGCAUCCAACUUCUCCUGACAGGAUAACCCCUGAAUAAAAAUUUAAAGCCAUAAGAACAAAGGAACUGAUCAGCAACUAGAGCAGUUCUCUAUUUUGAACGAAUUCUCAUCUCCAGUUCCAUGGGAAAAGUAACGCAAUCAGUAGGGAGAAUAUGCACUUUUAUAUCUGAAUGUAAAGGGUUAAGGCUUGUGUGCUCUGCAUUAUUUUACUGCUUCACACAGCUGCAUUUUUUAUUGUUUAUGGUCAAUAUUGACAAUCUCUUCUGUGGAAAAUCAUAAAUUGUACCCAUAGAGGUUAACUGAAUUUUAGCCAAUUGUUAUAGACUUCUUGGGACUAAAACUUGGAAAAGUAGAUACUGAGGGUGUCAGUUUUCCUAAUAUAUCACAAGAUGAUUCCUUUUUUACUUGGUGGAAUCAUGACUUUAAUCUUGUAAUGUCUGGACCAAUUAAGGAGACAAAAAGUUUUUAAAAGAUCUGUCUACAGCCUUAUCCUUAAAAAAAAAAAAAAAAAAAAAAAAAAAAAAAGCUAUUUAGAAUUAAAGUCUCGACAAAUUCCUUACCCCAGUCACCAAGCCCACCCUUCCCUCCACCUGUUACUCAGUAGCUAAAACAUCUUAACAAUCUAAAUACUCUGUGUUUUAUGUUUUGUUAAAGGCUGCCCAUCAUCGGCCUGGAAAUACCAUCGAGUCCAACCUCAAAAAUAUUAACGUCAACCAGUUUGAUUUAGGUUUUGAGGUAAGUACUCUACAUUUGUUGGUUAAUUUUCUCAGACAUAGUAAAGGCAUUCAAUAAUUUAGUGAUGACUACUGUUUAUUAAAGUUGAUUAGCUUAAGUUUACUCUCCUUCUGUCACUUUAGGAAUAUUUAAAUUCUCUAUGUACAUGACAUGUAAUACAUAAACCACAGAUUACAUGCAUAUCAUUGUUUAGAGACAUUCUCACCUCUAGCAGCUACACCUUUUAUGGUAAAUAAGUCACAAGAAAUACCUGAUAAGUUUGAGUACUCUCAUUAUCUGUUUGCUGGAUGAUGUACUGUAUGGAUAUUACACAGGGAGAAGUUACAUGUUAAUCAUGAAAAAAGAGGCAGAAGCAUAUUUUUUUUCUAUGUGGUUAGGUUGAUCCAUUAUUCCACAAGACAUCAGCUGCAUUUGAUGAGGGUGGAACAGGAGGCUUGCUUCUCAACCAUCUUCAUGUGCGUGAUGACACAUGCGAUCUUCUGCUUGACUCCACAACUUUAACUGGUACAACAACCAGGGAGAUGUCAUCUGAAGGGGAAACAACAUGCGACAACAGCAUGGUUGACCUAUCACAACUUCGAGGCAAGACUCAUUGUCAUUAUUAUCACUCAUCUUAUUGAUUUAGGGAUUCUGAUGUUAUAGAAUAAUUGAUCAUGGAAUGUUGUGAAAAUUGACCUGAACAUGCACCUUCAUGCAGAGCUUGACAUUGAUGGCUCAGGAGAGAUUAGAUAGGAUAAUAGCCUGCUCUAUAUUAUGUAAUGAAUAUCUCUAUAGCAAUUAUGAGAUUUAAUUUUUAAUUAAAAAAUCACUUGUACAUGUCUUCAUUAAAGUUAGAUAGUUAAAUGUAUGAAACUCACUCGCCCUAUUCACUCUCAAAAGUUUGAAUACUAAAUAAUUUUAGUAUAAAUCUGCCAACAUUCUAUCAAAAACACUACAAUCUGAUUGGCUAAACUACUAGCCAUCUAUUUAGUGAUAGCCGGUAAGUAAGAUAAGAAACCAAAAAGUAUGAAGUUGUAAACGAAAUUUGAAAAAAAUGGGAGGCCGUGUUGUUGUUGUUGUUGUUGUUUUUGUUAACUUUUAAAUGACUGAUAGAUCUCAAUUCCUAUGUGGGAUAUUUGAGUCAGGCUUCACCCUUAUCAACUAUGGCACAAUAGAAAUCUCACGCUUGAUUACAAAGGUACAUUAUCUUAAUCUGGAGCAAAGGAAAAGGUCAAGUUAACUGGUUGAACAUUUUUCAAUCAAGAAAAUUUGAAACACAACCCUAAAAGUUUAUUUACUGAAGGCAGUGUUAUAUUAAAUUUUACAGAUGUUUACAGUUGUGUCAACUUUGAAGAUCUGCAAAUUUGUCCUCACUUUGCUGAUUUUGAGUUCACUAAUUGGGCAAGCAACAGAGAGGUAAGAAAUAAUAGCCUUUGUCACAAUUGAUUGCAAACUUCAAAAAAGUUGUGCUGUAUAUAAACAAAAUAAGAGGGUUAGAUCUGCUCUCGUUCUCUUGUUUUUGUAUUUCACUAAUUAAUAAGCCUUUUUCCUAGUAUUAACAAGAGAUUUCUAUGGUUGCAAUAGAACUGAGUGGAGUCCUAUUCGGUCUGUAAUCAUAGGAGUGAUUAUCAACAUUGAACAAACACCAAUGUGUAACAGCAUGCACAUAUGAUGCGCAUCGUCCAAUUACACAGGCGUAACACAUACAAUGUUCUAUUAUUGCUCAAAUAGGGCUGGGGAUCACCAAUCUUGUUCAAUAAUUUUGUUAUAGUUUUGAUUACAGUUGAACCCUGAUUAUUGUAAUUUUUUCAUUAUCUGGACUAGCUUCUCUGGUUCCAUGUUUCCACAUAUAUUACUUAGUCACAUUUGAAAUCCCUAAAAACUUUUUCAUAUGCAAUUAAUGCAACUUCAAAGAAUGAUAGAAUUAGCUACAUGCAUACACUGUAGCAGCUUGAAACACUCUGAUUUGUGUCAGUAUUUUAUAUCAUAAAUUGUUGCAUGUUGUCAUAAACAUUCUUGUAAAUACUUUGGCAAGUUUUGGUAGCACAAUGAUUUGAGAGUGUACUUUAUUUCUGGCAUAAUAUUGAUUAAACAAUGCAUAUUCAGUUUUAUUUUUUAGCUAGCUACUAUGGACAUUUUUGAUUAUCCAGACUCUUAAUUAUGCAGACUAUUUAUCCUAGUUCCCAUGACUCCAGAUAAUUGAGGUUCAACAGCCGUCAUGAUAUAUCUUCAGUUAAUGAUCUUUGGUUGAAAUUUGGCACUUACACUGUAAUCCCCUAUUUUGAGCUGGAAAAUUAUUCACUGCUAUGUCAUGGGAAUUCAAAAAAUGCAAAAAAUCAGACCAGCUUGGUCUGAACAUACAAUCAGCAUAUUCAUUCUACAAGACACUAUGAUAAUCACCAUUUAAUUAAUGGAUUUUGUAAUUGAUGGCCCAGUAGCUCAUCACUUUCUUUGAAAAUCUAGCAAGCCAAUACAGAUUAUGGUAAAAUGGUGGCAGACAUGGAGAAGAAUGAACAUGCUUUUGAUGUUGAUGGACCAGGUGAGAAACCACAGCACCUAAUUUUAAAGAAAUACUGGCAACUGUAAGUAAUUGCUGUCCAGUGCUGUAGCUGCAAAAUGUUAACUUGAAUCAUCCUGUGUAUUCUUGAAAAUACACAGACUUUUCAUCACAGCAAUACAUUACAAACCCAACAAUAAUAACAACAAGGUGCUUUGGUUUAUUUCUUAGUUAGAUGGUGACAAGUGUCCUGGCCUGUGGUAAGCUACCUGCUUAUCUUGGUGGGCUAGUACACUUUAAAAAUUUUCAGACUUUAUGCAUAGGGAAAGUUUGCUCAAGAAAAUACAAGCAACCAUGUCACAAUGGGUUUUAGCUGUGAAACUUGUCUGUUGAGAGAGUGGCACAGGUUUUCUGGACCAAUUACAAAGCAAAGUGAAGCAAAACCUGUCUGAGUAAUCUCAGAUUACUUUUGAAAUCCAAUGAUUGAAAAUUUACCAAAAGACUUCAAUCGAGUGUUUGUUUUUGUCUGCAUUUUAGUCACUGAGCCAGAGGCAGAGUGUGAUUUUCCAGAACCAAUAGGAAAUGGUGACAUUAGUGAUGAUGGUAUGCCUGACAUGGGUGAGGUAAGCACUGUUACGUAUUCUUGCAGCAAACAGUAAUAAACUGGUUAUUGCUGUGUUUAUCAAUGGACUUGGAUGAUGUCAUCAGGACUUGCUAUAUUUUACAGAAAGCUAUCCAUGAUUUUGAAAGUCAGUAGAAGUUAUGGUGAUUUGUAACAUAUGGAAGUAAAUUUUCUUUCUCAGCAGGACAUUGAGUAUGGAAGGGAUGGCUGUGAAAAUGUCUUCCGCAACCCCAUCUGUAAUGCCUCGCUCGCCUUUGCUGAUGGACAAGAAGCUAGGCUUGUUGUGUCACAGGAUGGAAGGUUUGUCUGUUGUGAAAAGCAUAAUUGGCAGAAGAUGAGAGAUUUGUAAAUUCUGAAUAUUGAGUGUCUUUGUUAUUCAGGACAACUAUUGCUUCUGCUGCUGCAACUGCAGGGUCACUGUGUUUGGAGCUUUCAUCGCAGCCUAGUGACUAUUCUUACUUCAAGUCUGACCUUAUGUCCACCUGGGCAGGACCAUUACAUUGGAAGCUUCGUGACAAGCUUUCAAAAGGUUAGAUGUGAUUUUUGUGGUUUUUUUGCUUUACUGCUUACAAAUGUGUUCACCAAGCAAACAAUUAACUCAGGGAUGACUAUCUGAGCAGUUAUGCUCCAAUCCCCUCCCUUAACCCAAAAACAGUCAAAAGAUAACAAGUUAAGGUUAUUGUUGGGUUAGGGGAGGGGUAGGUGCUCAGUUGCUCAGAUACUGACAUUGAUCCAAAUUUAAUAGGUAAGUUACUCUAAGCUUUUAAAGUGAGCCCUUUUAUUGCAAUGCCAUACCUUUUUCUGAUUGGUAUUUUUAGUCUUCUAGCCAGUUAUCUUUCUUUGUGAUCCUCAUGAAGCAGGAGACAAACAGGCUGCAGCACAGUAGAAGUCUUUAUUAUUUUAUGGGAAAUAUAAAAUAAAACUCUAUUUGACUCUUGGUAAAGGUUACUGAACCAAUAAAAGAACAAACAGAGCUUUAUCUGACCUCAAUUCUUGAUGUAUCAUGAAGAUCAGUUUUCAUAUAUUUCAUAAAUUUAGUUUUCUGUACCAAUCCAUUCUUACAAUGAAGUGGCAAUAACUGUAAUUCUACCCAUGCUUAUACCACCUAUUAUUUUAAAACAAUGUCUUUGUUAUAGGUUUGAUAAACUCAACAGCUGAACAACAAAGUAAGAAAAAGAAAGCAAAGAAACAGCCUUUCACAAUCAAUUUUGACAGUGAGGUGGAUUUUGCAAGCAGUUUUUCAAAAGGAAAGGUAAUGACAUUUAAUAUUGCCUCCGCGCUUGUAUGUAGUUUGGGGCUGUACCUAUUGUCCAUUAAUCUGUUGGUAAGUAUAUGAUAAUUGAAACUAAUAUGAAUCUUAAACACUAUUUGAAUUGUUGGGCUUACUGAUUCAUCUGGCUGUCAUUAUCUUCUUGCUUGUAAUCCCAAUAAUGCCCCUGCAAGUUAGAGAUAAUUUUUUUGAUCAGGAGGAAGUCGUAUAUGAGGACAAAGCUCCUAAGUCUCAUGCAUUAAGGGCAAAAGUCAUGCAAACUUAUUAAUUCAAUCUCAUGUUCUCAAGCUGAAACUGUUAUUUCUCAUGCAUUUUAAGAUUUUUAGAUUUAAACUGUUGAUUUUGAGACAGCAAAUUAAGGAAAAUAAAAAAUUAACACCCUUCUAAAUAUAAUUUACUCCUUGUUCUCUUUUUGCUCACUGAAAACACUUUCCAACAGUGGAAAUUUUUGCUCAGAUGAAAGAAAUGCACAUCUUAGUUUCCUUUUUGUUUUCACAAUUUACUCCUGGGCAUGGCUUUCAUACAUCUUCCCCCUGGAAAUAAUGCCCACCAAAGUCAGAUGCAUGUAAAAAAUUUCAGUGUUUGCCAGAAAAUAAACUUGAGAGCUUUGAGAUGAGUGGCAGUGGAUGAAACAAAUUACUCUCCAGCUGUGAUCAAACAGCUCUGUGUGAAAACAUUCUGCAUGGAUAACUCUUAUUUGUAUCCUAGGCAGCAACAACAUUGUCCAAAACAACCCUGGCUAAAUACACAGCAGCCAAGAACACAUUACCAGAAGACCUUCACUAUAAUGCAGACAAACUCUUUAGGCUUUUUAUUAAGCCCAAAAUUAUGGUUAGUACAAUUGCUUGUGUUUAAUGGAGGAUUUUUCAUUAUAAUCGAAAACCAUAGAUGUCUCCAGACAUUUUAAGAACUUACAGUAGUUCUAAAUAACUAUUAUAUUCUUUAUGAUGACUUGUCAGUAUUAUUCCCUUACAUAAACAAUGAAGGUUAAACCCUUGAAUUGAAAGGGACAGGUCACCUUAGAUAACAAUUGAAGAGGAAACUUUUUUAGGAUACUAAAUACUGUUUCACUUUUAACUAUUAGUAUUAUUUUACCUUUUUUGUUUUCCUUUUUUGAAUUCCGUGUAGGUUAAACGUCAAGUUCAAGCACAAACAGAACUUAGAGAUGAUGGUGAGAGAUGUUCUUUGCUCUCCAAAUAAAGCUUCUGUGUAUGAUGCAUAUAGCUACUUUGGUUGUUGUGGACUUUGGUACACUACAACCAUUUGGUAGACCAUAGCUGUCAUCACCCAAGCUGGCAAAUUUCUUUGUUCCUCACCAAGCUUCCUCAACUUGAGAAAAUAAAACAAAUGCACAAUGUUGUUUGAUAACACAAGACAAAAAAAGAGAGCGCUUGCAUUAGCAUGCCACUUUUCAGGCCCUUCAUUGGUUAUGGCAAAAUUUUUGAAAUUUUGCUGAAAUGCAGAAUAUUUAUUGUGUGCUGUGGGAAAUUUGAUGUCACAUUAGCAUGCGACUUUUCAGGCCCUUCAUUGGUUAUGGCAAAAUUUUUGAAAUUUUGCUGAAAUGCAAAAUAUUUAUUGUGUGCUGUGGGAAAUUUGAUGUUUCCAAUUUUCCCGCUUUUACAGAUACUAAUACCCUUUCAACGACUAAUAAACCCUGUUGUACCAUAAAAAUGAAUGAUAAAUGGCAAAUUGCUGGGUGCAAUUACAGGUUAAUCCUUUGCAAAUCUUUGUAAAUCAUCAUUACUUGACCACUUCAAAUCAGUCAAUUUUUCAUAGGAUAAGCUAUCAAUCAUCAUCUGUCUGAUAAAUACAACUUCAUUUUUCCCUUUUAAACCCUUAGAGUGUCCAGUAUCUAAUUUCUCCUAACAAUGAUACUGUUGAAUCAUUCAUUAAGAUCAUGAGAAUUCAUUAAGAUCAAUAGAAUAAAAAGAAAUGACUACCAACCUAUGAAAACAAAAAUUCUCCAUGUCUAUGCCAUAGGAAAUGUCUAGAGAAGACUAAGGAGAAUAUGUAUCCUGAUGUUAAGGCAUUAAGGUAUUACAUGCAAAAUGGACAUAUAGUUGAUGUUCUGUAUUUUUUUUUCCCUUGGCAGGUUCAGCUUGGUAUAACUAUGAGAAUGCGAAUGAUUGUGCUAACUUCUGUCCAGAUCUCCAAGUAAGUGCUGUCAGCAGAAGCCUUCUCAUGUCAGUCAUUGUUGGUGCAAACUUCAGGCUGGCAAUUAGUUACACGUAUGCAAAUUAUGAGAUCCUCUGUUAAGUCUUCACUUAAGUUUCUCAGGCUAGUUGCAUUCAUUUGGCCAAAAAAACAUGCCCAAUAUCAGAAAAAGAAUUGUCUUUCCUAGGUUCAGGGUACUUACUCAGUCUUAAUUCUUGAAAACAUACAGAAAAGGGCAACCUAAAUUAAUUUACCAGAGCCAAGAAAGGAAAUGAAAGGUGUAAGGUGGUUAUUCCAAGUGUUUUUAUGGUGGCUGGACACACAGUAAAUGACUGUGGCCUGUCUGGGAAAUUCCACAAGUAUUACUUCGUCUGCUUAGCCCCAACCCAGGUGGUUGGUUUACACAAUUGACCAAUGUCAGCAAGGAUGUUGCAAAUGAUGUUUGAGACAGUUUAAGUUUAAAAAAGCUAGGACAAUUUUGGUCAUUCAUGGCCAUCACACAAGUUGUGCCAGGUGUCGAGAAUAGUUCCCCAUCAGCCAAAAAGCCAACAGACUACAUGUUUAAAUUAAAAAAGAUUGAGACACAAUUAAACAAUCAUAAGAUGUUACAGAGAUUAAAGCAAAAGUCUUUAUUAAACUGCUUUGGCAAAACAUUAGUGUUAAAAGUAAUAUUCACCUGUCCACAUGUGAAAAUAUGCUAAGACGGAACUUAUUUAAUUACAAGCAUGCAAAACUCUUGAUUGAGGUAGAGUAAAUGGAUCAAAAAGAAUAUCUGUUUUUGUGAAUGUGAGAAAAUGAUAGUUUCAAAAUUUUCACAGUUUGAAUUUAUUUAAUUUAACUUCUUGUGUACUGGAAACUGUACCACAUCUUGUUAUUGUAGUAACAAUUUUUUCUUAAUAGGAUGGUGGCGAUGAUGAUGGUGAUGAUGCCUUUGAUGGUGCAGAUGGUGGAUGCGACAUGCCUUCUGGAGAAGCAGAAUUCCCAUCUUCACAGGAUAUGACCUUUGGAGACUCGACCCAAAGCCACAGCUUCACUAAUGAGAGUGUAGUGGAUCAAACACUCUUUGCUGGUGAUGGCCUUGUUGCCCAACCUAAUAAGGUGUGAAUAAUUUUUUGCAACAAAGUUAUUGUGGACACCUGAAGAGAAGGUUGAAGAACAAAUUAAUUAAUCCUGCAAACAACAGUCCUUGUUUGAAAGGGACAACAGUGAAGCUGAGGUUCUCAAAAUUAAUUUUCCCCCUGAUCUGUGAAAAUGAGUGUCAUGAUUUAAGAAAUUUGUAGGACUCUGCAUAUAAUCCUGCUCAUAAAAAUUAUUCUCUUCCUGUUAAUAAAUUUACUUUGAUUUUCUUUACUGCAGGUUCAGAAAAUUGACAUUGGCUAUGCCAAAACUGCUAAAAAGAUGGAUGUGAAGAAAUUAAAGGGUGCCAUGUGGGGACUUUUAGCUGACAAGGGUGAAAGCGACAAGGUUGGUUGGCUUAUUACUCUUACUGACUGUUGACAAAGCAGUUAUCAUAAAGUAAAAGAUUUAGUUUUCUUAGAUCAUGUUUUUUUUCACAAUGUCAUUUUGAUGUUACAUCACAAAUAUGAAGUAUGCUUUAUUUUAGUGUCACUUAUGAAAUGUCAUUGUUUUUUUAUUUAACCCCAAACAUCAGGAAAAUAUUGCUGUAGAUCAGUAUGGAACAGGAAAAGGCAGUGGAUGUGUGACAUAUCCCUGCUCAUUUAAGGAAAUCUAUACUAAAUUACCUGAAAAGCUUUCCAAGAACAUGGCUAAGAAUCUCUCAGUAUCCAUUGCCUUUGUCUGCAUUCUUCACCUGGCAAAUGAAAAGGUAACAGCGAGACAUUCAACAAACCACACCCCCCCCCCCCCAAAAAAAAAAUAAUAAUAAUAAUAAACCCACAUUUUGAACUUCAGUUACUUUAAUGCAAUAAUUUCUAAAAUCUUAUCUACUCUGAACAUUAAAGAAUGAAUACCGAUACAAGAUGUAUACAUGCAUUUCCCUAAGAUAACUCUGUAAGAGCCAAAUAAGCCUGAGAGUUAGUUUUUCCCCACAACUGUAUUGAAUUAAGUGUUACCUGGCUGUGUAUGCUGCAAGUGGUAAAGCAAACAGUAUGGAAUAGGUUGGGGUUUGCUUUCCUUUUGAUCUGUUGAUCUGGCUUGUUAUAUUAUUUACAGAUGUGAUGAGUUUAUUCAGAUCAGAAUUAUCAAUUAAUUACAAUAUACAUUAAGGUUCUACUGUAUCUUUCUAGUGCCUCAAGAUGACUGGUGAGCCUGGAAUGGGGGACUUUUCUAUUUCUCAGGGCAUUUGAUGCUUUUCAAUGUACUUCAGUCUGUCAUCUAUUAUAAACUCAUGAAACAGUGUGAAAAAAGAAAUAUGCAUAACAUUUCAGCAUUGUAUUAUGUUUUGAUCAUUAAUAAACAAAUAAUUGGAGUGGAGUAUCAUCUUAACUGUUCAGAGAAUUAAUGUAGCAGAUUUUUGUUACAAUAUUACAUGAUUGGGGUAAAUUAUAUCAAAUGAGGUUUGUAUUGUACAACCUCCAUGAAUAAGCCAAUAUGACAAUCACUGUGACAGAUCUAACCCAUUAACCCCUAAUAGGGAUAGUUUAACUUUUCUUAAGCUUUUUAUCCAGCUUUCUAUAAAUUGUCCUUGUCAGCACCACAGGAUAUGUAUGAAGAAUAGUAUGGAGAAUAUGCUUAAUGUCAGGAUAUGUGUAAAGUAAAAGUACAUGAACAUGACCUUGUAAAAGAAAACCAAAUUACCAUGUACUAACAAGAGUAUUUAGGUCAUUUGUGAAAUCUCUACCAGACAAAAGAGUUUGGAAAUGACUGAAUUAUACAGAACCCUCUCCUAACCUCUAAAUAAAUAUUUGACUUUAAUUGCUCAUAAUAAUUAUAAAACAAGUUGAAAUGUUAUCCAAGAACCCCAUGUUAUAUACAAAAGGUACUGAAGGUGUUUAACCCUUCUCCCCCAGCCUGAAAAGGUUUAAAAUUUAUUAACUGACAAGAGCUUGAGGGAAGAGAAAAGAACACAUGAUUACAGAAAUAAUUGCAAUGCUCUUGAACAAACCCUCUUCUUAACUAUUCAAAGACUGACUCCUAAGAAUGACCAGCUUCUAAUUUCUCCUUACAAUAUCACCCCUGAAUUACACAUAAGAGUCUCAAGAAUAAAGGAAACAAUCACCAACUCAAGGAACUCCCUAUUGUAAAAUAAAUUACCCCAUCUCAGCAUCUCAAGUAAUGUAUGAAGAACAGCAUAGAGAAUAUGCAUUAUGAUGUUUGGAUUUUAAGGGCAAAUGGAUAUUUUGAAAGAGUGAUGAUAUCUACUGAGAAGGCCCACUUCCCAAGUGGUUUUUUGUAUGGCUUAUGCAUGUGUACACAAUCAUGGUACGACUUAACCUUGUGACCCCAAGAAUGACUAGUAUCUAAUUUCUCCUUAACUGUCACCCCUGUAUCAAACAUUAAUAUCAGGAUAAUAAAGGAAUUAAUCACCCACUAAGAAGCUCUUGAUUGUUAAACAAAUUCUCCUUGUCAGCACAUUAGGAAAUGCAUGGAGAACAGUAUAGAGGAUAUGCUUACCAACACAAUGAUGUAUAGGGUCAAAAGUUAUCAUGAAAGGAUAAUGAUAUCAACAAAGGAGACCCAGUUCCCAAAGUGGUUUUUUUUGUACAGCUUAGGCACGUGUACUCAACCAUGGUCUGACUUAACUCUUUGUCCCCAAUAUGACUUUCAUCUUAUUUCUCCCCAAAUAUCACCCCUGAAUCAGACAAUGUUAGAAGAAUAAAGAAAAUAAUCACCAACUAAAGAAACUCUUGGUUGUUAUACAAAUUAUCUUUGUCAGCACUUUAAGAAAUCUAUGGAGAAUAUGCUUAAUGAUGUUAGGGUGUAAAGGGUAAAACUCAUUUCUAAG